AUGAGUAUAAUUCGUAUUGCUGGAAUUUGUGGAUCUCUUCGUAGAGAUAGUUGUAAUAAAAAAUUACUUCUUCGAGCUCAACAAUUAUGUACUGAACAUAUCCCUGAAGCUCGGAUUGAUAUCAUUGAUUGGAGUCAACUGCCCGUUUUUAAUCAGGAUUUAGAAGAAGAUCCGCCUAAAUCUGUUCUUAAGUUUAAGGAAGAAAUUUAUAAUUCUGAUGCGAUUCUUUUCGCUACGCCCGGUCCUUUAAAAAACGCAAUUGAUUGGGCAAGUAGAACAAAAAUUGGUGAUCGUGGUGAUGUUUUCGCCGGAAAACCUGUCGCGAUAAUUGGUGCAGGUCCUGGAUCUUAUCCAGGUGCUUCGGGAUCUGGCCGUGCUCAAUUGAUAUUAAGACAAACUUUAGUUGUCUUGAACAUGGUAGCCGUUAACACACCAUCUGUAAUGUUAACUGGGGCUUUUGAUGCAUUUAAAGAGGAUGGAAGUUUGAAAAAUGGAGUAAUAGAAGAAAAGCUUGUAAAAUUAUUAAAGGAACUU